AUGGAUGUUACUCACGCAAAAGAUUCAGAAGGAAACGCCACGGGGACCCGGCGUCGCCGUGUCAGACUAUCUCGCGCCCGCGGAUUGAGAACCAAAACAGGAUGCCUUACCUGCAGGGAGAGACGCGUGAAGUGCGAUGACGGAAAGCCCAUUUGCGGGCGGUGCUCCAAGUCAAAUCGUAUCUGUCGAUACGCCCAGGUAGAUGACCGGCGAAGUGCAAACGGAUCUGGAGCCGACUAUGAGUCUCUAAGGGCUCAAUCGGAUUCAAGGGGAGAGAGGAUUGAAGACUCACGUUCUGGAAGAAGCGGUGCCGAUAAUGCAGGCGUCGCUCAGGGGGAACUGCAUAAUUCCCAGGAGCAACAGCAGAGUUCUGGUCCAACACCCUACUUCCAGGCUACCUGCCCAACCCCUGCUGAAGCCUUCGCCCCGCUCCAGCAUAUCCAGCACAACGGCUCAAGCAAGACGCCACUAGAUGACUGCUUGGAUAAUGAGCAGACACUGUCCGGCCUUGACUCGAGCUUCUUGGGUUCUCCACUUUCACUUAGCCAGAUACCCCUGCUCAACAUAUCCCCCGGUGAAUGGUUCGAUCUGGUAGCACGGGAUGCCAUUAGCAACAUCCAAAGGCUCAAUGAUGCUUCGACGGGUGACCCCCGAUGGAGGUUUCCCGAAAUUGCCCUCUCGCGCAGACAGUCACCAGCACCUGAAUGUCCUGCGGCUCAUCCGGAGCAAACCGAGAGGCACUCUGAACAGCAGCGACUCACUCUGGAACAUCGAGGUGACGUGGUCGAAGCCCCUUUGCUAGACCAUCAUCAAUUAUCCCAGCCUUGGAACACGACGAGUAGGAUAGAAAUAUCGGCACUCGACCUCAAGUUCUUUCGAUACUUCAUCGAUGUUGUUGGGCCGAUUCUAGACUUGUUUGAUCCCGCUCGGCAUUUCACUAAUGUCGUGACGCAUCUUGCAAUACGAAACACGGGGCUUUUGAAGUCGAUACUCGCAGUUGGGGCUAAGCAUAUGUCUCUUGGUCUCAUGCAUGGGCCGGAUGAAAGUUUAUCAGGCGAGUAUGCGACUCAAAAUGCGAGUACUCGAACCUCGCUAGCAGCAGCGACUGACCUGUCAUCAGAGUCAGACCCUGCUCCAACACAUAUAGCUACACAGUAUUACUAUGAAACGCUUCAAUAUCUCUCGCAGACAUUACUCUACCCACCCUAUGCGGAAUCCCGUGAGAUCUUGGCGACAGCCACCAUGAUCAGCAUGUAUGAGAUGUUUGACGCCGACAACGCCUCAGCCAGUGGUGACUGGGAGCAGCACCUGCGAGGCUCGUUCUGGAUACAGCGGUCUCAGGACAAUGAUGGCGAGUCCGUUGACGGGUUGAGGCGAGCCGUAUGGUGGGCGUGGCUCCGGCAGGACAUUUGGGCAGCUUUUCAGGCAGGACGGCCAACCCUCACCUUCUGGCGUGCUCGGAAGAAGCUCGAGGAACUCGAUUGGGAUGAGCUCGCAACACGGAUAAUCUACAUCUGCGGCAAGUGUAUAGAAUAUGCCGCAUCGGGCGAAAUGUCGGCAAAUAAGGACCCAAGACACAGAACGCAGCAGGGUGACCGGCUUCUCCGCGUACUCGACGACUGGCAUAGUAUCCUCCCCGCUUCUUACCAGCCGGUCACUGUUACUGUUGAUGACAGCUCAAAUACAGUAUUCCCGUCUAUAUGGAUUCACCCGCCUAAUCACGCAGGCGCUAUGCAGAUGUACCAUUUUGCAAGAGUCACUGUGCUGCUGAACCAACCCACGAUGGGGGGGCUAAAUGCCUACUGUCUCCGCGAGAAACAGCUCAGUGAAAGUGUCAGGGUGGUCUGCGGCAUCGCCAAUGCGUGCCAACAACAUGAACAUGCAAUAGCCUUUGUUAACGUACAGGCUUUGUUUGGAGUUGGCCAGUUUGUUCGGUCGCCUGAGAUGCAGCGCGAGUUGCUUCGCAUCUUGGAGAGAAUGCUGAGGAUCAGCAAAUUCCCCGGUAAAGGGCUUGUUGCCAAACUCCAGAAAGCAUGGCAAGUAUAA